AUGUGUUUACGUCAUGAUGUCGUCAUGGAUAAGUGUGUAAGUCAGAGCGCACUGACCUGGAGGUUCAGAGCAAGGAGAAAGAGCGGGGCACACUGCACUGUCGCCGGCGAUUUUGGUCAGAACGGUCGCAGAAAUCAUUCCUCGUGUAGGUGAACAGAGUUUUACGAGUCUAGUGAAGAAGGAGGAUGAAGAUCUGGACGUCAGAGCACACGUUUAGGCAUCCGUGGGACACGGUUGCGCAGGCAGCGUGGAGGAAGUACCCAAACCCGAUGAACCCGAGUGUUGUUGGUGUGGACGUGUUGGACAGGAGAGUGGACAGAGAAGGGAAGCUGCACUCACACAGGCUUCUCAGCACGGAGUGGGGACUAGGAUCCUUCAUCAAAAAGUUUUUACCAAUCCAGAUGUUGGGAGGAGACACGUGCUAUGUCAGUGAGCACUCUGUGGUAGACCCAGAAAAGAAGACCAUGGUUCUGCAGUCAACUAAUUUGACAUUUUCAAACUAUGUGUCAGUAGACGAGAGAUUAACCUACGAGCCUCAUCCUACAGAAAAAGACUCUACACUGUUAACUCAGGAAGCAAUCAUCACUGUGAAGGGUGUCAGCCUCAGUAGCUACCUGGAGGGUAUCAUGGCCAACUCUAUCUCAGGGAACGCAAACAAGGGCCGCCAAGCCAUAGAAUGGGUCAUCGGCAAGAUCAACAGUGAGGUUUCGGAGCUGGCAGAAACGGCAAAGUCUGGUAUGAAGGACAUCACAGACAAAGUGGAGAAGAUCACACAUGUCUCCAACAAGGCAAACACAGACUCUAUAUGACACUCUUGGACUUAAAGAAGUGCCCAGAUGAUUUAUAUGAAUCCUCGGUUGCUGUUUUUUUUUUUAGAUAUUCCAUACAGAAGUCAUGAUGUUUUGUGUCAAAUCAUCAUUGUGUAUACUAUAAAGAUUGUAUUUGAAUAUAUCUUUAUUUUUAAAGGUAUUGACAACUACAUGCGAACACUGCAUGUAGUAGUGUUGAAGAGAAGAGUAUUUAAAGAGUUGCACAGGGGGUAUUAUUAUGGGGUCUUGAGUUUGGUGGACAUUGACUCUUGUGUAUGUACAUUGUCCUUAUAAGUUAUACCAUUGCAUACUGUGAUUCACAAUUUUUUCGUGGUACAUGUACUUUUAUGUUUGCGGUUCUACCCCAAACUUAUCAUUACCGUGAACAAAUUAUUCGCUUUCUUUUUUCUGCACCUACCACCACUGUGAGCAAAAAGUUCCACAAACAUUUUUCUCAGACCACAAACUUUUGUUACCGCCGACAUAAAGUGAAUUACAGUAAUGUUAUGCAUCCUACAAGUACUACCGGUAUUUAAAGACGGGUUUGUACAUUCAGGUUUCAUCUCUGGCCUUCAGAAAAGCACAAACGUGUGCCCCCCCAUACCUGUAUUGAUUGAAAUUUCAAGAGGAUAGCUAUGAUAAGUUUUAAAAUAUGUCAAAAAAAGGUUGCUAAUGUUUGAUUUCACAGAAGAUCAGACAAAUGUAACAGAUGAGUAUGUAGCAGUUAAGGGAAGAAAGCCUUUGAAAGGCAUUUUGUUUAGGUAAUACAUGUACAUCCUUGUACACUCAGAUACUAGUUUACAUAUGUACAGAUUUGUACUUUUUGUGUUUUAUUUAAAAGAAAUUAUGACAAGUACAAGGAAAAAAUUACUUCUUUGGAGAGGUAAUUGCUUCUCAGGCCUAUUUAAUAAAUGAAAACAAUUGAAGAAAA